AUGUAUCGGAGACCACACAGCGUUGCCAGACUUGUACAUAGCGUGAGAAGGAUGUCUACCCCGAAGAUAAUAUUGACCGAGACCGAAUCGAAGAUUCGUGACUUAUUGGUAGAUUACACCAACCAUUACAACUCCAGUUUACUUGAAAAUGAACAACAGAAAGGCCUAGAACUGAGGAUUACCGGUGGCUGGGUCAGAGACAAGUUGCUUGGUCUGGAAAGUAAUGAUAUCGAUAUCGCCAUAGACCACACCACCGGGGUUGAAUUUGCAGAGGGUUUGCAGGAGUAUGUCCAGCAUGAUGAUGAUGUUUCACAAAAGGACAAGAUGGUCGGAAUCCACAAAAUCGACAAGAACCCCGAGAAAUCAAAGCAUCUGGAGACCUGCAAGACAAAAAUUUUGGGACAGGAGAUUGAUUUGGUGAAUCUUAGAAACGAGACCUACACCGAGGAAAGCAGAGUUCCAACGGUGGAAUAUGGUACUCCAGAAGAGGACGCUUUUAGAAGAGAUGCCACAAUAAAUGCUCUCUUCUAUAAUCUACAUACUGGGCUGGUUGAAGACUUCACUCGCCGAGGAUUGGAAGACCUGGCCAAGGGUUUGAUUAGAACUCCACUGCCUCCAAGACAGACCUUCUUGGACGAUCCAUUGAGAUGCUUGAGACUGAUCAGAUUUGCAGGAAGAUUCAACUUUGACAUUGUGGAAGAGUGUAAGGCUGCAAUGUCCACUUCGGAGAUUCACGAUGUUCUGGUCUCAAAGGUUAGCAAGGAAAGAGUAGGCAUCGAGGUUGGUAAAAUGUUGAGAGGUCCUAAUGUCGAGAAGUGUUUAAGGCUAAUGUAUGACACAAAAAUUUACAAGGCUAUAUUCAACUUCGGUGAGGCGCAAGAGGGAGUUUUGACUGUCAAUCCUGAAAGAAUCAGAGAAAUUGAUGAACAUUUGCUCUCCCAACAAGAGGACACACUGAAGUUGAUCACGGAGUUGUUACCCCAAUUGGAAACUUUGUUGACGGAUAAUGCGAACCUUCAGGAAAGCUAUAGAAGUAUCAAGGCGCAGCCUGAAUCGCAAUACCUCUAUUACAUAUCUCUGAUUUUGAGCCAUUGGUCAGGCGUGGCACCAUUCAAGACUAAACUCAGCAAGUCUACACCAUUGUCACCAGUGGAGUUGGUCCUCAAAUACUCUCUACGGAUGCCCACCAAAGACGUUACCCAUUCCAGAAAAAUUGUUGAAAACUAUCCCAAAUUCAUUUCCUUUGUUCACCAAGUCGCGCAGUCUCCAGAUGGGCUUGCGAGGUCGCAAUUGGGAUUGGCCAUAAUGCCCUUUGGCCAGGACUGGCCUUCGUUCAUCAUCACAUGUUUUAUACUUGACAGUUUCCAGGCGAGCCACACGGAAAGCCCUCAAUAUCACACCAUUCUGGAGGCCUAUUCACACAUAUACAGGGAGAUUGUCGAACAGAACUUGACGGAAACGUACAAGCUCAGGCCAUUGAUGGAUGGAAAGACCUUGGGGUUGAAGCUGGGGAAGAAGCCAGGACCUUGGAUGAAGGAGGCACUAGAUCAUAUGAUUGUCUGGCAAUUGGACAAUCCUAGUGGCGGAAUUGAUGACUAUUUUGCAUCCAAACAGUGA